GUAGUGACGCGAUGACUCCCAGGUGCUCUGCCCUCUGGGUGUGCACAACCCUCCUACUGGGCCUACCCCUAGGUCCUCUUGCGGACACCAGGAUCCGUAGACUCCCCCGCGCCCUCUGGCCGACCCAGUACACCCUUGACAUCGCCACCGAUGCUCUAGGCAAGAACUUCUCUGGAAAUGUGACAAUAGAGAUAAAUGUAAAGGAAGAUACUGACAACAUAACGCUGAACAGCCGUGGGUUGGAUUUGGACAGAGUUCUACUUUCCGAUCAGAGCUCGGGGAAGCAGCUGAAUAUAUCCGGAGGUAAUUCUAGUGGAGGACUUUUGACCUUCUUCCUGGACUCCAAGGUCAAACAAGGGGAUGUCCUGCGACUAUCUUUGUCCUUUCAUGGACUCCUCAACACAGGACGCCAGCGAGGCUACUACCGAAUACGUACCGGCUCAAACGACCACCAAUGGAUGUCGGGGACUGUUUUUGAGUAUAAUCAUGCAAGAGAAGCGUUUCCUUGUUUUGAUGAGCCGGAGUUCAAAGCCAAGUUCCGCAUCAGUUUGACUCGUCAUCGCAACUUUACCUCCCUGUCUAACAUGCCGCUGCUGCAUUCUGAGUUUCAAGACCGAAGUUGGCAGUUGUUCAACUUGUUAUGGGUUUGGCUCCCCAAGCCCAACCCAAGUCCCAACCCCAAACCUACAGGAACUCAUGGGCACAAACCCACUCUAAGCUUGGAAUGA